CAGCCAUUGCUUAUUGGCUCUAAGCAACCAAUCACAUCCCGCAUUGUUCAGACGUGCACUCUUCAACUGAAGCAAUAUGGCUGGAUCUGUAGACCUAGAGCUGAAAAAGGCCUUUACAGAACUUCAGGUCAAAGUGAUUGAUACUCAGCAAAAGGUAAAACUUGCAGACCUCCAGAUAGAGCAGCUGACAAGAACAAAGAAGCAUGCCCAGCUUACCAGUAUAGAAAUCAAGAACUUUCCAGAUCCAACGCUGAUGUAUGAAGGUGUGGGAAGGAUGUUUGUUCUUCAAACUAAAGAAAAUAUUGGUAGCCAGUUAUUGAAUAAACAAAAUGUUGCCGAUGAGAAGAUUGCAGAGUUAGAGGAAAAGAAGGCUUAUCUAGAACGAAGUGUAAAGAAUGCUGAAGAUAACAUUAGAGAAAUGCUGAUGGCCAGAAGAGCGCAGUAGCAUCAGUUUUUAUUUGGUGACUUUCAGUUGUAAAAAAAUGCUUGUUCAUUUUCCUCAUGUAAAUGGAUCAUAAAAUGCUAUAUUUUAUAGCUAAGGUCUGGUAAAAUA